CUCCACUUUUGACGCGAGUUAGCGCCAUGUUUGUGGUUAGUCGCUCACUCUCUAUAGGCGUUUGUAGCGCUGCUGCGGCCUGCGCGUAUUGUGUUUGUUCCAAUCUAUAUAAUAACACUCCCAAUUCACUUGCUUCGACGCGUCCAUUCUUAUAUUCUUCCACACUUAUUCACUCAACCUUCAACCCUUAUAUCUCACGAAUCAACCAAUUAACAUCCUUCUUAAGACAAUUUCUUCCUCCGCGGAAUUGUAUUGGUCUACGAUACUUUCCACUUGACCAUAAACAAUGCCUCCCAAGUACCGAUUGUCGGAAUACCAAAAGAUUCGAAGGGAUGUUUUCCCCGCUGGAAAGUUCUCGGAUGAGAUUCCGGAGACAAGUUCCUCAGACAAUGAACAAAUCACGAAAGAUCGCGUACCAAAGCCGAAGGUCCUGAAAAAGUCGCAAAAGGAACAGAAGCCUGAGGCACAAUUAACUUCAGGUUCUCACGUAUCCGAGACUGUGAAGGAGUCGUUACCAUCACUGGCUGCGUCGGACAAAAAUGACAUCCCCCCGAUCUUUCCCUUUCGGAGUACUCAGACAGCAACCGAGACGCCAUCACUUUACUCUCGGACGUUCCGCACAAAACCAACGGAGUCUUCGUUUCUUGGUGCUCGCCACAAUCAACAAGUUGCAGCCGUACCUGGUGCUUGGAACAGCUUUGAACCGAGUCCCGACGAUGCAUCGACAUUUGCAGAUGACAAUCUGUACAAUUCUAGGCUUGUACGUAACUCUUGCAAGACAAAUUUUCAGCUUGCACAGCAGACUCCUCUUCCGACUGGUUCAUGGACCGAUCAUUCAAACGAUGACGAGGACACUGCGACAGUGGUAGAUGAAGAGAUGUACGAUGCCGAACUAGCACGUACUACGUCGGGAUCAGACACGAAUACGCAUGACCAUGCAAAUCCCCAGAACGUCUCAGGUCUACACCCAUCUGGGAAUCCGCAAGAACGCAUCACCUAUGGGUUCUCAUACACCACCUCAUUCGGGAGCGACGCCCCAGCAAACGCUUCUACCCCCCAAUCAUCCUUUCAACAACAUUCACAGCUGAACAACCCCAGCACCUCCCAAAACCCAUACUUCACCCCACAGCCAUCUUUCCAACAGAACCCACAACUCAUCAACACCAACACUUCUUUCAAGGACAUACUUGUCCUUCGCCAAAUGGCGGGUUACUCCUUUCACGCACCCUCCAAGACACUCCUCCCGUGCACCCGUGCCUCCAUCGGCGACACCAUGCAGCUCCGACGCCAGGCUGAAAAGUUGUCUGAGUAUGAUGAGAGCGAGGCAGUGUUCGAUGCGCUCGGUAAUAGAAUUGAGCGCAUGGUUAGCGACCGUCUACCAUCCGGCGCUAGAUCCGGUUCUACCUCCUCGUCCACUUCCGCCUCCACCUCUACCUCCAUAUCUGUCUCCCGGUCGGAUUCUAGCGCCAACCCUACCCAGAACCGAGCUGCGAAAGUAAAGGCUCGGAAGGUCAAAAAGGCGGCCGUGAGGAAAGCGCAGGCUCAGGCCAAAGAAGGGAGCGUAGAUGUCGAGAAGGUCGUGAUUGAGUCUGCGAAGAAAUUGCGCGACUGGCUCGAGGCGCAUCUGGAUGAGCGUGUGGAAUUGGGUGAAGCGCGGGGCUGGUUGGAGCACGAGGUGGAGUGGGCGAACUGGUUCGUCGAGGCUGCCGAGAAGGGUGUUCUGCAUUUAAAAGUGCUGGGAUGCCAAUGCAAACCGAGCUGGGAGGACAGCAUCGGGGAGCACAGGAUUGGCAAUUAG